AUGGGCAAGGCCCGGUUAGCUCCAAUCAGAGAAAUUUCCAUUCCAAGACUUGAGUUGACUGCAGCAGUCAUCUCUGUGAAACUCAGCCAUGCUAUCCAUGAUGAAUUGGAUCUGACCGUGAACAAAGUCAUUUACUGGACAGAUUCCAACUCUGUUUUGAAGUGUAUAAACAAUGAAACCAAGAGAUUUCACACCUUCGAGUCCAACCGCCUGACGAUUAUACACGAUGGUUCUGCUCCCCAAGAAUGGCGAUAUGUCAACAGAGACGAGAACCCGGCAGAUGAUGGAUCAAAGGGUCUAAAGCUAGACGUUCUGAUCAAGAACAACCGAUGGCUGACAGGUCCUAAGUUUUUGUGGAAAGGGGGAGAAUACUGGCCAAAGAUGAUUGAGGUCCCUUGCCUCAAGGAUGAAGAUCCAGAAGUCAGAAAGGAGAAUAAAGUUUAUGUGACAGCGGUCAGUUGUGAUGUCGUGGAGAAGCUUAUUCUGUACUAUUCAUCCUGGUGGAAGCUCAAGGUAGCAAUUGCCUGGUUGCUGCGCUAUAAACAGUAUCUUAUGAACAAGUUUCUACAACUCAGAGAAGGUUGCCCAACCACACAUGAUUCAGCGGAAGGAAGGAAUUACCUCAAACUUGACGAGCUUCGCGAGGCAGAGCAUGAAAUCAUGCGCUAUGUUCAACACAAAGAGUUCCCUGAUGUAACAGCUCUCCAGCCAGGAGCGGAUGAAAGGUCAGUAAAGAGGCUAAUGAAAAAGAUGGGAGCUUCAAUAAGCAAGUUGAAUCCUCAAGUUCAAGAUGGAGUGCUGAGAGUAGGAGGCAGUAUUGGACGUGCGCCUUUGUCUUACGAGUUGAAACACCCAGUUAUUUUGCCCUACAAGCAUCACAUCACAGAUUUAAUAAUCAGAGAUCAUCACCUCAAAGUGGGACACAUGGGCCAAAAGUCAGUUCUGUCGUCGUUGAGACAGAAGUAUUGGAUUUUGAAGGGCAGAUCUGCAGUGCGCCGGGUGCUAAGCAAGUGCCUUGACUGUCAGAAGAGAAGUGCAAAACCAGCAGAGCAGUUCAUGGCAGAACUCCCAGCAGAUCACGUGACUCCAAGUGAACCACCCUUUUUAUAUGUUGGAAUCGAUUGUUUUGGCCCAAUCGAAGUGAAACAGGGAAGAUCACACGUCAAGAGGUACGGCUGCCUCUUUACAUGUUUAACUGUACGUGCAGUACACGUCGAGAUUUUGCACUCGCUGAGUGCCGAUUCUAUGAUAAACGCCUUGAGAAGGUUUAUUAGCAUGCGAGGUUGCCCCAAGGAGAUUCGAAGUGACAACGGAACAAAUUUCACAAAGGCUGACAAAGAGUUGAGAGAAGCUGUACAACUCUGGAACAACCAAAGCAUCAGUAAUUUCUGUGCUCAGAAAGAAAUCAAGUGGACAUUCAAUCCACCAGACACAAGCCAUAUGGGGGGACCAUGGGAGAGGAUGAUUCAAACUACUAAGCGAGUGUUGAAGGCUUUGUUGAAGGAACAGUUGGUGACAGAUGAAGUCCUUUCUACUGUCAUGGCAGAAGCUGUCAACAUUGUCAACAGCCGUCCCUUAACACGCAACAGCGACAGUUCCUUAGAUGAUCAGCCAAUUACCCCCAACCAAUUGUUGCAUUUGCGCCCAACGCCCAGUUUACCGCCAGGUGUGUUUGACAAAGGAGAUCUUCACUGCAAGCGUGCAUGGAGACAAGCUCAGUAUUUGGCUGGUGUGUUCCGGCGGAGAUGGUCCAGCGAGUACUUGCCAACCCUUAUGGAGAGACAGAAAUGGAAGAUGCCUAAGCCAAACAUCAAAGAAGGGGACUUGGUCCUAUUGGCAGAUGAAAGUUACCCUCGUGGCCAGUGGCCGAUCGCACGUGUGGAGGAAGUUGUUGUCAGCAGAGACGGGUAUGUGCGUACCGUUCGAGUGAAGACUGCCUGUACAGUGGCAACUCGUGCUAAGAGAAGACGCCGCAGAGAGCUGAAGACUAGCAGUGUGAUAGUCACUCGGCCAAUCACAAGUUUAUGUCCUUUAGAGAUGGACUGA